CAUCCAUUUUUUAGAGCUCAAUUUAUUUAUAUGCACAACCAACGAUACCUGGCCAUAUACGAUAAACACACAUAUAAUCGAUAACAACGACGACGACGACGAUAAUCAAUCAAUCAAUCGAUCGGAUUUCAUCAUUAUUAACAUUAUUAUCCAAAUUCUGCCAUUAAAUCACAUCCCUUCCACUUCCACUUUCACACACAAACACACAUACACCAUUUUUGUAAAGCCAAACACUACCUACCUAUCUACCUAUCUAUGAAUGUUUUUUGAAACCUGCAAAACCUGCAAAAAACAACAAAACCAAACACUUUGUUGUUGCUUAAAUUCUUUGUAAAUAAAUAAACAAAAUAUUUCGUCUUCACACAAACAAGAAAAAACAUUCAUAUUUUACAAUAAAAAUCUCAAAAACAAAAUAUAUUUAAAAAUUUCAAAUGGCCAAUUCAACAAGCGCAACGACCGGUCAGAACAAAGUUCAAAAUAAUGAUAAUUCAACGGGUGGAAGCGGUAGCGGUGGUGGAACGACAAACGCUACUGCUAAUGCAACAUCUAAUGCUGCUGCUGCUGCUACCGCUUCUUCAACAUCAUCAUCAACAACCGGUCAGCAACAAGGAACGACAACAGCAACAACAACAGGAACAGGAACUGGUCAACAAAUAUCAACAAAUUCAACAACAAAUCAAACAACAACAACAACAACAACGAAUAAUGCAAACCAAAAACUUUCAACAACUGAUCGUAUCAUUAAAAGUGUACCAUUUCCACCAUCGCAUAAGAUAACGAUGGCCGAAGCAUUUGAUACAAAAACGAACAAGCCACGUAUCGAUGUAUUGAAAUAUCAUUUUGUACAUGAAGGACGUUUAGAGGAAAAUGUUGCCCUACGUAUUAUAAAUGAGGGUGCUGCCUUAUUGAGAGCUGAAAAAACAAUGAUCGAUAUUGAAGCUCCCGUAACCGUUUGUGGUGAUAUACAUGGUCAAUUUUAUGAUCUAAUGAAAUUAUUUGAAGUUGGUGGUAAUCCAUCAUCAACUAAAUAUCUUUUCCUGGGAGAUUAUGUUGAUCGAGGUUAUUUUAGUAUCGAGUGUGUUCUUUAUUUAUGGUCAUUAAAGAUAACCUAUCCAACAACGCUCUUCCUAUUGCGUGGCAAUCAUGAAUGUCGCCAUUUAACCGAAUAUUUUACAUUCAAAACUGAAUGUAAGUAUUAUUAAC